UAGCAGGGGAUAAAUACAUCGAAUCUUCAAAAGGGUAGAGUCAUUAUUAGUGAAUCCGUUAGCUGUUUCCAGAAAAUGUUUCUUCAUCAUCACAACUGAAGCCCUUGAAUCAACGAUGAAUUGGGCAUCCUUUUAUGCUGUGAUCAGUGGUGUGAACAGGCAUUCAACAGGCAUUGGACGCAUCUGGCUGUCAGUCAUCUUCAUCUUCCGUAUCUUGGUGCUAGUAGUGGCAGCCGAGAGCGUGUGGGGAGAUGAAAAGUCAGGCUUUACCUGCAAUACUCAGCAACCCGGCUGCAACAGCGUGUGUUAUGACCAGUUCUUUCCAAUCUCACACAUCCGCCUUUGGAUUUUGCAGCUCAUUCUGGUGUCCACACCAGCCCUACUGGUCACUAUGCAUGUUGCACAUCGGCGACACGUUGAGAAAAAGAUCCUCAAGAUAUCUGGUCAGGGAACUGAAAAGGACUUCGAGAGCAUUAAAACCCGAAAGUUCAAAAUUGUUGGUGCACUAUGGUGGACUUACAUGAUAAGUAUCAUAUUUCGCAUAAUUUUUGAAGUGGUUUUCUUGUACAUUUUCUACUUAAUCUAUCCAGAUAUCACUAUGGUUCGUCUUGUGAAAUGUGACUCAUAUCCAUGUCCAAAUACAGUAGACUGUUUUGUGUCUCGUCCUACAGAGAAGACCAUUUUUACUGUCUUUAUGCUGGUGGUGUCUGGACUUUGUGUCUUGCUAAAUAUCACAGAGGUUAUGUAUUUAAUAACUCGGGCAUGUAUCAAAUAUUUUCAAGGAGCAGUACAUCAAACUAAAGGACCUUGGCUCACUCAUAAACUGGGAACCUAUAAGCAGAAUGAAAUAAAUAAUUUGAUAUCAGAGCAUUCAUUUAAACCUAGAUUUAAUGUUGGGCGGAAACCUCCAGUGCUGAAAAAUGAGCGCUGCUCAGCUUUCUAGACUGUUGUAAACCUCAGAGGUACCAAACAACUAUCAAUAAUAAGUGUUGUGUAAGUAACUUCCAAAUUGUAAUACAUUACACAUUAUUCGUAAAUGUUGUUUAAAAAUAAUCCCUUACCUUACAAUGUUACUGUCUCAGAAUGCGUUGCAUGAUUCUGUAUUACUUUUGUGCUACUUUCACCAACAUAAUUACACAAAACUAAAAGUAAAAUCCAUCUAUCUAUCUAUCUAUCUAUCUAUCUAUCUAUC